AAAUCGGCUAUAUGUAGACUCUCUCCCUCCACCUUUCCAUUUAUAAGCCCCCAUAUAACCUCUUUCCAACCACCGAUGUAUAGAUUUAGGAGUCUAAAAUUCCAUUUUAGACAUUUUAGACUCUUAAAACUCCACCACUAGAGAUAGUCUAACAUCAAUAAACUCUUCAAUUAAUAGAUUAUUAUCUAGUCAUAGAAUUAUACGUAGUAUUUAUAACUAUUAUCUAUUAAUGCAUUCACCAAAAUGUUCACCAAAACAGCUCAAGUCGCUUUUGUUGACAUGUAAAGAUAGAUUGUCCGUUUCCAAAAUCCACAAACAUCUCAUAUCCUCCGGGCUUUCAGACCACGGAAUUUUAAAUCCUCAGUUAAUCUCAUCGUACGCUGAAGCCGGCAACAUUGACCUCGCCCGGAAAGUGUUCGAUGAAAUGCCCAACAGAGGCAUCGGUGCUUGGAACGCAAUGAUUAUCUCCUAUUCCCGGAAGGGGUUACCUCAAGAUGCCUUAACUCUGUACAAAGAGAUGAUCUCCAGCGGUUCAAACCCCGACAGCUCAACUUUCACGGCCGCACUUAAGGCAUGUGCGACGCUGUCGGACUUAGAACUCGGCGAAAAGGUAUUUCGGGAAGCCGUCGAGUCCGGAUACGGGAAUGACGUGUUUGUGGUGUCAUCCGUUUUAAACUUCUACUCAAAAUGUGGUAAGAUAGAUGCAGCAUACAUAGUCUUUGAGAAAAUGGGAAGGAAAGACAUCGUUUGCUGGACGACAAUGAUCACUGCCCUUACACAGAAUGGAAGGGAAAGAGAAGCGCUGGAAGUCUACCUGAGGAUGAGAGAGGAUGGUUGGGAAGGAGACGAGGUUGUGAUGUUGGGUUUGAUCCGUGCUUGUGCGAAUAUCGGUGAUAUAAACCGGGGUUGUUCUAUCCAUGGUUAUAUGAUCAGGAAAAAUCUUCCUAUAAAUGUGCUAGUGCAGACUUGCCUGUUAGACAUGUAUGCCAAGAAUGGAGAUCUAAAGAUGGCUACUCGAGUGUUUGAAAAACUCCCUUGCAGGAGCUCGGUUUCUUGGAGUGCUUUAAUCUCAGGGUAUGCUCAAAAUGGACUUGCUGAAGAUGCGCUCCUACUCUUCAUAGAAAUGCAACAUGUGGGAUUCUCACCCGACGUGACAUCACUAGUUAGCUCACUUCUGGCGUGUUCCCACGUAGGGUUCUUGAAGAAGGGUAAAUCGAUCCAUGCCUAUGUCGUGAGAAGGUCUGAGGCGAAUAAAAUCCUAGGGACCUCUUUGAUUGACAUGUAUGCAAAAUGUGGGCUAAUCACGUGGGCACGUAGUGUUUAUGAUGGUAUAAAUUUUAAGAAGGACGUGAUAUGUUGGAACACUAUCAUAACGGGCUACGGGAUCCACGGUCUCGGAAGAGAAGCCCUAUCCAUUUUCUAUAUGAUGAAAGACAAUGUGGAGCCCGACGAUGCAACUUUCGCUGCCCUUUUGUCUGCUUUGAGUCAUUCAGGAUUAGUGGACGAAGGGCGGUUUUGGUUUGACUCAAUGGUCAAGAAGUACAAGAUUCGUCCUACUGAGAAGCAUUAUGCUUGUUUGGUUGAUUUAUUAGCUCGGGCUGGACUAGUGGUGGAAGCCCAAAAUUUGAUUGGUUCCAUGGAAGAUGAACCCGGAAUUGCUGUUUGGGUCGCCCUACUGUCUGGCUGCCACACCCACAAGAAAUUCUCGAUUGGGGAAAUGGCAGCAAAGAAGGUGCUAGAGUUGAAACCAAAGAGUCUUGGCAUUUACAUGCUUGUCUCAAACUUUUUUGCUUCUGGAAAGAAGUGGGAAGAGGUGGCCGUGGUAAGGAAGUUGAUGAAAGCCACAGGAAUGAAAAAAGUUCCUGGGCACAGUGUAGUGGAAGUAAAUGGCAAACUUCAUGCUUUUGUCACUGAAGACACUAGUCAUCCCCAAUACAAGGAAAUAGCGGGGAUGUUGAGGAAGUUGGAGGAUGAGAUGGUAAAAAUGGGAUACUCACCCAAGACGGAGUAUGUGUUGCAAAACAUUGAAGAGGAGGAGGUAAAAGUGACUAUGUUGUGCAACCAUAGCGAGAGACUCGCCAUUGCUUUCGCGCUCUUAAACACGGUUCCAGGGACAAAAGUCAUGGUCACGAAGAACCUUAGAGUGUGUGGCGAUUGCCACGAAGCAACAAAGUUCAUCUCCAUGAUUGUAAAACGAGAGAUCAUUGUGCGGGAUGUGAAGAGGUUUCAUCACUUUAGAGAUGGAGUUUGCUCUUGUAGUGAUUUCUGGUGAACAUUGCUUUACAUAAUGUAAAAUGGUUAGUUGGCUGUAAACUAAAGGUGCACUUUAGUGAAGUGUUCGUGAGCCAUUAACAUCAACCAAUUUGGAUAUAAAUACAGAAUAAUUGAAUAUGGGAGAGUAAUUUUUUUAGAGAAUGGGAGAGCAACUUAGAAAAAGAGUAAUUGAUAAUGUCAUCACUAAUUUGUA